AUGUCUCGACAGAAGCCAAACGUUUUGAUCGCCGGAACGCCCGGAACCGGAAAGACAUGUAUUUGUAGGCAAGUUGUCAAACACUUACCACACCUGCAGGUCAUCGAUGUCUCGCACUUCGCCAAAAGCAACGAUUGCAUUGAAUCACAUGAUAAUGAGUUGGACACAGACAUCAUCGACGAGGAUAUGCUGGACAACAAGCUCUCGCCGGUCAUCGCUGAAGGCGGUUAUCUCAUUGACUAUCACUCACCCGAUCUGUUCCCCAAAGAGCUCAUUGAUGUGGUAUUCAUAAUCCGAUGCAAUAAUACUCUACUCUACGACCGACUGAAGGCCAGGGGUUAUAACGAGGAGAAGAUCACGACUAACAUCGAGUGCGAGAUCUUCGAGACCAUCGCUGAAGAGGCCGUCGAGUGGUUCGGCGCCGAUGUCUGCCAUCAGUUGGUCAACGAGAAGGACGAAGACUUGGAGACCAAUUGUCAGCGCAUUUGCGAUUGGAUUAACAAAUAUGAGCCCAAAUCAUAG